UUUGGAAACCUUAUGAGAAACACUAAUUUAGAAACCUUGGCAAAGAAAUCUUUGUUUCUCUGAGUGUCGUGUAAUUUCCUUCCCCCCUUCAAUGGCCGAGAAUGAGUUGAAAGUUGUGAGGGGUUUGGACUUGCAAAGGUACACGGGGAGGUGGUACGAGAUAGCCUCAUUCCCUUCAUUUUUUCAGCCAAGGAACGGUGAGAACACCAGAGCCACAUACACUCUUAAUGAAGAUGGGACUGUGCACGUGCUCAACGAGACUUGGAGUAAUGGCAAGAGAGUUUCCAUAGAGGGAUCUGCAUACAAAGCUGACCCCAAGAGUGAUGAAGCCAAGCUCAAGGUCAAGUUCUAUGUUCCUCCUUUCUUGCCCAUUAUUCCUGUUGUUGGCAACUACUGGGUCUUGUACGUGGAUGAUGAUUAUCAGUAUGCUUUGAUUGGUGAACCAACCAGGAAAUACCUUUGGAUAUUAUGCAGGAAAACCCAUUUGGAGGAUGAAAUCUACAACCAGCUUCUUGAGAAAGCCACGACAGAGAAAUAUGACGUGAGCAAACUCCACAAGACCCCUCAGAGCGAUCCUCCACCAGAGGGAGAUGAAGGCCCCAAAGACAACAAAGGCAUUUGGUGGAUCAAAUCCUUGUUUGGGAAAUAGGCCUCCAUGAUGAUAUGUAAUUUAUUAUGUUGAAAAGGUAUUUCAUUAAAUGUAAUGAGUAUCUAUUAAGAAUCCUUAGUUGAGCAAUUUUAAGUUUGAAUCCCCCAAAGGGAUAUAUGUAUUGGCUUGCUUUGUAAAUUUAUGCGAACUUUUGUGUGGUGUGGCUGUUGUUGAUGUACUCAUGUCACACUGGUUUUGCUCAUCACAAUUAAGGGUUGUAUAAUUCAUCAAAGUAAAACUUUGGUAUGUAUAUUAUAAUAAUAUUAAUUUACUUAUUAAA